GAGCGCCGGCAGCAGCAGCAGAAGAAGAACCUCUCAGCAGCACAGCCAGGUAGCCGCUGGCUAACGCGAGGCUAAAGCUAACGGGAUGUCUACGGCCUCUAAAGUGGUUCUGGGAGUUUCUGUGGUUCUGACUCUGAGCACUGUGGCUGGAGUUCACCUCAAGCAGACCUGGGACAGACAGCGUCUCCACGAGGGCGUAGUCAGAGAUCUGGAGCGGCUGGAGAGGAAGAAGGAGAAUCUGAGGCUGCUGGAGGAGCAGAAGACUCUGACCAGACAGCUGGAGGAGGAGAGGCAACGCAGAGAGGCAGAGCUCCGCCCACACGACCACUGAG